AUGGUCGGCCUGCUGGACCUCCCGCCCGAGCUGCUAGGCCCAAUACUCGAGUUUGCUUGCGACGCUGCGCCCUCCCUCGCCACUAGCACCGCUCCGCUCGUCCUCACGCAUCGUUGCCUCGCCCCACUUGCGGUCCCCAUACUCUGGCGCAACGUGACCGUGCGAGAUACAGCGCAGAUUGAGCGCCUCCUGCACUCUCGAGCCUUCCCGACGCGCGCCCGCCUCAUCCGCUCGCUCGCCUUCAUCCCGCGCGACGUCGAUGGUUCUGCUCGAGGUGGAGUGGGAAGGGGGAUUGGAACGUCCGACACGGUCGAUGGACAGGCUGCGAUGGAAUUACUGGCCGCUUUAAAGGACGAGUGGCGGGAGCGGCAGCAGCGAGGAGGGCCAGCAGAAGGCAUUCGCUCUCUCGACAUCGCGAGUGUGGGCUGGUUGGGGCCGGACGUUCUCGAGGGAGAGUGGCUCUCCAACCUUCGCGAGCUCGUCGUCGGCGUCAGCUUGCGACUCCCAACCUCCCGCACCCUUCCCUUUACCUUCUCCUUCCGCCUCGAAUCCCUCACACUGCACAACAACCACUGGGAGUCGCUUCCGCACGACUUGUUGACCGCCAUCCUUCGAACCGGCCGACCAGCCGCACCGGGACAGGGUCUCAAGCACCUCGACUUGUCCGCGACUUACGACGUGACCGGUCUCAGCAGAACCUUGUCGCAACGGCUUGCGAGGAAAGCGGAAAAUGACGAGGCGACCGGCCACGUCGUGAUCAGCGGCCUCACCUCGCUGCGUCUCCCGCCUCUCGAAACACAAGACCAUCACGGGUUCGCUCUCGCGAUUCUCGUUUUCUGCAUGCCGAAUCUCGUCGGCGAGCCGAAAGGAGCGUGUCCUCGCCAGAAACUCCGGUACCUCGAGCUUCCGCCUCUCGCAGCCGCAACUUCGGGAGCGUACGAUGCGCUUUGGGCCGUUGUCUGUGACCUCUCGCUGGGCUCAGCGGCGUCGACGAGGGCAGGAGAAAAGAGCGAUGGGUUGGAGGAAGUCGCGCUCCGAGGAUGGGCGACCGGCUCUCUCGUCGAAACGGCCAAGGCGGUCCUCGCAGCCGCAGGACUCGAUGGCGGCAACUCGCCGAUGCGCACCACGUCGCUCAAGAGGCUCAGGUUUACGCGGCUGCUGGCGCCGGAAGAGUUGGGCAAGUUGCCGGGACCAGGAGGGAAGGAGGUACUAGAGUUGGCGGAUCAGGCGGGCGUCGAGGUCGUCUGUGGUCCUAGACUAGAUUAUCCGCUGCAAUAG